CUCCACUUAGCCAUAUUCAGUCGCCCCGGAUGCUACACUGAGUGAAAUCAUGGCUACCAUUGUCCCAGGAUCCCCUGAAGCACGCUUCUUUGAUGUUCUUGAUGAAGAAUUGCGAAAGGUCAAUAUGUUCUUCAAGGUGCACGAGCGAGAGGCUAUUGUCCACGCUGCUGUCCUCCAGAGACAACUCAAAGGGUUGAAGGAUCACAGGCGACUUUUUCAUGAGAAAUUCCCGGUUGCGCAUUCGCCUUGGAUUGUCCCAACUGACUUCCGCGGGACUGUUGGGCAGCUCCUUCCGCCGUACAACCUUCAGCGUGACAACGCGCUGAAGGGACACCGAGGGAAGUUCACCAAACAAUUUAAGAAACCUAAUGAGGAGAAACUGCCCAUGGAUCCCGAUGACUAUGUAAGGAAUAAGCGGAAGUUGAAAAAGGCUGUCCUUGAGCAAUAUCGCGGUCUCGAAUUACUGAACAAUUAUCGAAUCCUCAAUUUGACCGGGUUCCGAAAGGUACUCAAAAAGUUUGAAACCGUGACAAAAAUUCCAGUACAAAAACCAUACAUGGCGGAAAGGGUCGAUAAGUGCACCUUCGCAGGCGAUUCGCGAAUAUUAGCCAUCCUGAAGGAGGUCGAAGAUGCAUUUUCCGAAUGUUUCGCUAAUGGCGAUCAUAGAAGGGCUCGUGUUCGUCUUCGAGCGACCAACGUGCACAAGACACAUCACUUAACGACUUUCCGCUCUGGUGCCUGUAUUGGUCUUGGCAUUCCAGCGGUUUUGCAGGGUCUCCACCUCUCGUUCCAAAGUGAGACAAGGAACGCAAUUCCAGAAUGGGAAGACCUCCUUCAGGCUUACGGCGCUCUAUUCAUUCUCGUGCUAUUUCCUUUACUCAUCAGUUCCAACAUCUUUGUUUGGACCCGAUUCCGCAUCAACUAUGCAUUUAUAUUUGAGCUCGACAUGCGCAGUACAAUCAACCCGCGAAAUCUGGAUUAUUUUUGCUACGGCGUUCAUGGUGAAUCCUUUACCUAUGUUCUCAAGAUCGGCUCGAUAUUGGCUUGUACGAAAAUGCGGGAGAUUGUUGUUGCCUGGGCACCGGCGCGUUGAUGUAAGUCGGUUGCACCUCGAUGGAAACACAUGCUAAUUGGAAUCUCUUCGUUUGAUGUUUAGUUUACUGAUUUCUGGCUCGGAGACCAGGUCGCCAGUCUCACCUAUACGCUUGGGUCGUUGGGUGUCAUAUUUUCUGUCUUGACUCCCAAGCCGGGGGUUCUAAUAUCUCUGGCAUCGCCCACCAGUGGGGCUUGACUUUUGCCCUCAGCGCAUUUCCAUUCGCCAUCCGGUUCAUGCACUG